GCCAAAACGCAUCGCGGUGACUCGCGCGAAGCUCCGCUCCGGCCUUACCAAACUUGCCGUGUUCCUGCUCCUCGCGGCGGGGUCUCUGGCCGGCUUCCAUGCAGUGGAGCGAGUGCGGCAGCAGCAGCAGCCCCCUCCCUCGCCCUCCUCCUUCUCGCCCUUCUCCCUGUCCUGCUGGGCCACGGUGCUGCCCGCCAGUCUGACGGUGGUUCAGGUGUUGUCGUACUUCUUUGCAGGAGUUGCGCUCAUGCACCAAGUGGACGGGCUGGGCGACUUGGUGGAUGCGGCGGCGCUGCGGCUGUGGGGGGUCACCGCGGAGCCGCACUUCAACCAGGUGCACAAGGCGACCUCCUUCGCCGAGCUGUGGGGUCGCCGCUGGAACAUCACAGUGAC